GGUGCAUUUAAGCAAACGACACCCUGGUGUUGUCAAACGAUGUCCCACAAGUAUCCUUCUACCAUCGCCGAGUCUACAUCUUCAUCUUCUCGACCCAUUCUACACGACAACGACACCAUCAAUAAUCAACGUACUACCGCAACUAUGAGCGAAGUCAACGGAAAGGCACCUGUCAAUGGCGGCAGCCAUUCACCUCGCACUGACGAGCCGAUUAUCAAGGUUCAACCACCGCGACGAGAGGAUCUUCAGCCUAGCUAUGCGAGGGUCAUCCAGCCUGACGAUGCGGAUGCUGAUACAAACGGCUGGUAUGGUGGCAUGAUCAACACCUUAGGAGGCUGCAUCGGUACCCUCGGUGCCAUUCCAUGCUGCAUCGUCUGCCCCAACCCCUACAAGCCCGUCAACCAAGGAAACGUCGGUCUCGUCACCAAGUUCGGACGGUUUGCCCGCGCCGUCGACCCCGGUCUCGUCUACGUAAACCCAUUGUCGGAGCAACUCGUCCAAGUCGACAUCAAGAUCCAAAUCGUCGAAGUCCCCAAGCAAGUCUGCAUGACCAAGGACAACGUCUCCCUCCAGUUGACAUCUGUCAUCUACUACCGCAUCACCUCGCCCCACAAGGCCGCCUUUUCCAUUUCCAACAUCCGCCAGGCGCUUGUUGAGCGUACUCAGACGACUCUUCGCCAUGUUGUUGGUGCGCGUGUGCUGCAGGAUGUGAUUGAGCGCCGUGAGGAGAUUGCUCAGUCGAUCCGUGAGAUUAUCGAGGAGACUGCUCUUGGUUGGGGUGUUGAAGUGGAGUCUAUGCUUGUCAAGGAUAUCAUCUUCAGCCAGGAUCUGCAGGAUUCGCUCUCUAUGGCUGCGCAGAGCAAGCGUACCGGAGAAGCCAAGGUCAUUGCUGCUCGUGCUGAAGUUGAGGCUGCCAAGCUUAUGCGUCAGGCCGCUGAUAUUCUCAGCAGUGCUCCGGCUAUGCAGAUCAGAUACCUCGAGGCUAUGCAAGCCAUGGCCAAAUCUGCAAACUCCAAGGUGAUCUUCCUUCCUGCGCAGAACCAGACUGUUCAGAGCGCGCUCGCUCAAGCCGACUCCGUUGGCGAGGGACCAAGCUCUCACGGCGCCAACCCAAUGGGCGUUCAGAGUUCAGCAGCACAGGAAUACGGCGGCAACAGCCACGGCUUCCAGAGCGCUAUCAACUCGCAUGUCAUUGAGAACAUGUAAAGAACUGGCUUAAACGUUAAGUUCUCAUUCUUCUCUGUAUUCAUGAUUGUCCUUUUUGAUUUGGUAUGCGAUGAUUAUGAAUAGGCAAUGGCAAGGUAGAUUGGAAGGAAGCUUUUGAUGAUGGACUUGGGAUUUGGGAUUUUUGGCUUUCGCGUUUCUUGAUACCCUAUUCCGGCAGCAGUAUUAUCAUUUCACUCGCUACUCGUUCUGAUAGACACUUUUACGAUAAUGAUAAUGCCUGAUUAUACGAAA